AUGCGCAACCGGAGCUUUUUCAUCCGGCUCGUUCCAGAUAAGGUUAACAAAACCCUGUCCAUCAUUGAUAGCGGAAUUGGAAUGACCAAAGCAGAUUUGGUGAACAAUUUGGGGACGAUUGCGAGAUCUGGCACAAAGGAGUUCAUGGAGGCGCUACAGGCCGGUGCUGAUGUGAGCAUGAUUGGACAGUUUGGUGUCGGUUUCUAUUCGGCCUAUCUUGUUGCUGAGAAGGUGAUUGUCACCACUAAGCACAAUGACGACGAGCAAUACAUUUGGGAAUCCCAAGCUGGUGGCUCAUUCACAGUCACUAGGGAUGUCAAUGGUGAACAACUGGGUAGGGGGACUAAGAUCACUCUCUUCCUCAAGGAAGACCAGAUGGAUUACUUAGAGGAGAGGAGAAUAAAGGAUCUUGUGAAGAAACACUCCGAAUUCAUCAGUUAUCCAAUCUAUUUGUGGACGGAGAAAACAACUGAAAAAGAGAUAAGUGACGAUGAAGAUGAUGAACCUAAAAAGGAAGAAGAAGGCGAUGUGGAAGAGGUUGAUGAAGACAAGGAGAAGGAGAAGGGAAAGAAGAAGAAGAUCAAGGAGGUUUCACACGAAUGGGAGCUCAUCAACAAACAGAAACCAAUCUGGCUCAGAAAGCCAGAGGAGAUCACCAAAGACGAGUACGCUUCUUUCUACAAGAGCUUAACAAACGACUGGGAAGAUCAUCUAGCAGUUAAGCACUUCUCAGUUGAAGGACAGCUUGAAUUCAAGGCGAUCCUCUUUGUUCCAAAGAGAGCUCCGUUUGAUCUAUUUGACACUCGCAAAAAGAUGAACAACAUCAAGCUGUACGUGAGAAGGGUGUUCAUCAUGGACAACUGCGAGGAGUUGAUCCCUGAAUAUCUCGGAUUCGUGAAGGGCGUUGUCGACUCCGAUGACCUUCCACUAAACAUCUCCCGUGAAAUGCUUCAACAAAACAAGAUUCUGAAAGUGAUCAGAAAGAAUCUUGUCAAAAAAUGCAUCGAGAUGUUCAACGAGAUCGCUGAGAACAAAGACGACUACAACAAAUUUUACGAAGCGUUCUCAAAGAAUCUAAAGCUUGGCAUCCAUGAAGACAGCCAGAACAGAUCAAAGCUAGCCGACCUGCUCCGGUACCAUUCCACUAAAAGCGGCGAUGACGUCACCGGUCUGAAAGACUACGUCACCCGUAUGAAGGAAGGACAGAAAGACAUCUUUUACAUCACAGGCGAGAGUAAAAAAGCCGUUGAAAACUCUCCUUUCUUAGAGAAACUAAAGAAAAAAGGUUACGAGGUCCUGUUCAUGGUGGACGCCAUUGACGAGUACGCCGUCGGACAGUUGAAGGAAUAUGACGGGAAGAAGCUGGUGUCUGCAACUAAAGAGGGUCUAAAGCUUGAAGACGAGACGGAGGAGGAGAAACAGAAGAGGGAGGAGAAAAAGAAGUCGUUUGAGAAUUUAUGCAAGACGAUUAAAGAGAUUCUGGGAGACAAGGUGGAGAAAGUGGUGGUUUCCGACAGGAUUGUUGACUCGCCGUGCUGUUUGGUGACCGGAGAAUAUGGAUGGAGUGCAAACAUGGAGAGGAUAAUGAAGGCGCAGGCGUUGAGAGACAGUAGCAUGGGGUCGUACAUGUCUAGCAAGAAGACGAUGGAGAUAAACCCUGAUAAUGCGAUAAUGGAGGAGCUGAGGAAGAGGGCGGAGGCUGAUAAGAAUGACAAUUCGGUGAAGGAUUUGGUGAUGUUGAUUUUUGAGACUGCUUUGCUGACGUCAGGGUUUAGUUUGGAGGAUCCGAAUACAUUCGGAGGGAGGAUCCAUCGGAUGUUGAAGCUGGGUUUGAGUAUUGAUGAAGAGGAAGGAGGUUACGACGGUGAUGAAGUUCCGGCUUUGGAGGAGGAAGGCGGCGAGGAGAGCAAGAUGGAGGAGGUGGAUUAG